AAGCCUCCGCCUUAUUGGGAGCCUUUUGGGGUUUAUUCUCUUCCCUUCUAACUUGAUUAAGAAUGACCCAAAAGAAAUCAAAGCUUUGUUCCAGAGCCAAUGUUUAUACUCAAGUGCCUGAUGGAGGAUGGGGCUGGGCAGUAGCUAUUGCUUUUUUCUUCGUUGAAGUCUUUACCUAUGGCAUCAUCAAAUCGUUUGGUGUCUUCUUUAAUGACUUAAUGGACAGUUUUGAUGAAUCUAAUAGCAAGAUCUCAUGGAUAGUAUCAAUAUGUGUGUUUGUCUUAACAUUUACAGCUCCCCUCACCACAGUCCUGAGCAACCGUUUUGGACACCGGCUGGUGGUGAUAGUUGGAGGGCUGCUUGUCACCACAGGAAUGGUGAUCGCCUCCUUUUCACAAGCUGUUUACCACAUGUACAUCACAGUUGGGGUCAUCUCUGGUUUGGGAUACUGCUUUAGCUUUCUGCCAACUGUAACCAUUCUAUCACAGUACUUUGACAAAAGGCGCUCCGUGGUUACUGCAGUCGCGUCCACGGGAGAAUGCUUCGCCGUGUUUGCCUUUGCACCAGCGAUCACGGCUCUGAAGGAGAGCAUCGGCUGGAGGAACAGCCUCCUCUUUGUGGGCCUGCUGCAGCUAAACAUCAUCGUCUGUGGGCUGCUGCUCAGACCGAUAGUUAUUAGAGCACCAGGCUCACCAAAAACAGCCGCCCAGGAGAGUCGGAAAGAAAUGCAAUAUAUGCUUGAAAAUGAGAAAACACGCACCUCCAUAGACUCCAUUGACUCAGGAGUGGAACUAACUACCUCACCAAAAAAUGUGCCUAGUCACGCGACAAUGGAACUGGAGCCCAAGGCUGACACGCACCAGAACCUGGUGAAGACCAGCUCCCAGCAAAGCGCUGAGAAAGUCCCGUUAUUAGACUUCUCGAUCUUGAAAGAGAAGAGUUUUAUUUGUUAUGCAUUGUUUGGUCUCUUUGCCACACUGGGAUUCUUUGCACCUCCCUUGUACAUCAUCCCCUUGGGCAUCAGUCUGGGCAUUGAACAGGAUCGUGCUGCUUUCAUAUUAUCGACCAUGGCCAUUGCUGAAGUUUUUGGAAGAGUCGGAGCGGGCUUGGUCCUCAACAGAAAGCCCAUUCGUAAGAUCUACAUUGAGCUCAUCUGUGUCAUCUUAUUGACUGUAUCUCUGUUUUCCUUUACUUUUGCUACUGAGUUCUGGGGUCUUACGUCGUGUAGCAUAUUUUUUGGUUUUAUGGUUGGGACAGUAGGAGGCACCCACAUUCCACUGCUGGCUGAAGAGGAUGUAGUGGGAAUUGAAAGGAUGUCUUCUGCAGCUGGAGUCUAUGUCUUCAUUCAGAGCAUAUCAGGACUGGCUGGACCACCCCUUGCAGGUCUGCUGGUGGACCAAAGCAAAAUAUACAGCAGAGCCUUCUACUCCUGCGCGGCGGGCAUGAUCAUGGCCACCGUGUGCCUCGCGCUUGUGAGACCCUGCAAAAAGGGACUGUGCCAGCAGCGUCAUUCAGGUGAAACACAGGCAGAGAAUUGUCGGGGGAAAGCUUUACAAGACAUCCCUGAAGAUUUCCUUGAAAUGGACCUUGGGAAAAACGAGCAUAGGGUUCACAUAAAAACAGAGCCAGUAUGACUUGCUUUCAUGUAACGUCAGCCGCCACAUUGGCUGGUAAGGGGUGGAGGGUGG